AAGGCCUUUACCUGACUCUACCCGAGGAAGAGGAUGCUCCAGCAGGGACCUACAGCAGCUCUGGAGGACGAGCUCAGCUGUCCCAUCUGCUUUGAAUUUUUCCAGGACCCCGUGAGUCUGAAAUGCCAACACAGCUUCUGCCGCGGCUGCCUGGAAACACCAGCAUGGAUACAACAAAAGCAGCGCGAAUGCCCCGUCUGCAGGCGAAGGCAUUCCAUGGUCGAUUUCCAUCCCUCCAUGUCCAACAUGAAACUGAGGAACAUAGUGGAGGCCUACCUGCAGAGAGAGGAGAAGGAGGGGAAUGAGGGGAGAGGAGUGUGUCUUGUGCUGUGUUCCACACAUAACAAGAAGCUCAGGUUUUUCUGUAAGGAGUGUGAGGAACUUGUUUGUGCUGCGUGUGUGGAGACCGAGCUGCAUGCCAAGCAUAAGCACCUGUCAGUGAAGGAGGAAGCGCAAUGGCGUAAGAGGGAACUCACGGCAUUGCUCUACAACCUUCCUGAGAAACUGCAACUGGACGUAAAGCAAGCGAGAGCAUCAAGAGAGUGUGCAGCACAAUACAUCAAGACCCAGGCCCAGACCACAGCAGGACAGAUCAAGAGUGAGUUUGCGAAUCUCCACCAGUUCCUGAGAGCGGAGGAGGAGGCCAGACUGGCAGCUCUGAAACAGGAGGAGAGCAAGAAGACAGGGUUACUGACUGAGAGGAUCAACCGCCUCACCAGCGACAUGACUUCCCUCUCGGAGAGAAUCUCAGACAUACAGUACAGGAUGAAAACCGAUGAUGUCUCAUUCUUGCAGAUAUACAAGGACUUGAAAGACAGUACACUGCAGGAUCCAGAGCCUUUAUCAGGGACACUGAUAGACGUGGCCCAACACCUGGGCAACCUGAGGUUCAAGGUCUGGGAGAAAAUGCAGAAAAUGGUGCAAUACACCCCUGUGACCCUGGAUGUGAAUUCAGCCCACGCUGAUCUACUGAUCUCUGGGGUUCUCCUGGAGGUGAGUGACAGACGGGUGUCCCAGCCUGUGCCUGAUAACGCUGAGCGAUUCGACAGCUCAGUGAGCGUGCUAGGCUCUGUGGGUUUCUGCUCAGGCAUUCACAGCUGGGAGGUGGAGGUGGGGCCUAAGAAGGCCUGGACUCUGGGUGUGGCCAAAGAGGGUGUAGCCCGGAAAGGCAAUGUGAUGGUCAGCCCAGAGGGCGGGAUCUGGGCGAUGGGGCUGUGGAACGGGGAGCAGUAUAGCGCUGGAACUGCCCCCCUGGGUACCCCGUUAGUUCUGAAGAGGAAGCCCAAGAGGAUCAUGGUCAAGCUGGACUAUGAGAAAGGAGAACUCUCCUUCUACGACUCCAGUGACAUGUCACUCAUCUAUACGUUCGAACACAGGUUCACAGAGAGACUGUUCCCCUACUUCUCUCCCUGUCUCAACUCUGAUGGCACUAACCCUGGAGUGCUGAGGAUCUGCCCUGAGAAGGUGUCUGUGACUGUGGCACCUAUUCACUGAGGAUAUAACCUGGUGAUUCUUUUUCAUGAUCACGUACUGAAGAGUCUGUAUUGGUAAAGUCUGUCACAGUGACUCCUGUGUACUGAUUUUUAUUCUGUCUAUCGUUUUGUAUAUUGAGGUGAAUAUCCUCACCUCCACUGGUGACAUUGAUGUCUGUGACACCAAUGUGUAUUUCGGAACUUUGUCUGGAGCAGAUCUAUUCUUUACUGUUAAUUAAUUUACUGAGAGCAAGUGUCAUGAUUGAAUUCCAUAAUUAUUGGUGUCACGUUCAAUAAAAGUACAAAUUCUGUUUA